AUGAACUCGCCCAAAGCCGAGCGCCUUCUCUCCACGCCACAGCGCGUCCUCCGAGGCUGUGAUGGAAAGAAAGGUGAGAUCGACGUCCUGGGAGAGCAGGAAGGCGAAGUCGGCUUUGAGGGGGAAGGCGUGGAGGCGCAGGGGAGUCACAAGUUUCUAGAGCAGCCUCAGCCGCACCGGCUGCAGGAGGCGCGGAGAGGCGCGGGCGCGCAUUCCCAAGAGCGCACGGAAGGCGGCGGCCACCCCAGCGACCCGCCUCGGUUUGGCACCAAGUUCAGGUCUGCGGCGACCUCCGGGGACUCCCCGCCACCAGCCAAGCCGCCCUACUCGUACAUCGCGCUCAUCACCAUGGCCAUCCUGCAGAGCCCGCACAAGCGCCUCACGCUCAGUGGCAUCUGCUCCUUCAUCAGCGGCCGCUUCCCCUACUAUCGCCGCAAAUUCCCCGCCUGGCAGAACAGCAUCCGCCACAACCUCUCACUCAACGACUGCUUCGUCAAGAUCCCUCGCGAGCCGGGCCACCCUGGCAAGGGCAACUACUGGAGCCUGGACCCUGCGUCCCAGGACAUGUUCGACAACGGUAGCUUCCUUCGGCGCAGGAAGCGCUUCAAGCGCCACCACCCGCUCGCGGGGGCCCACCCACACCACUCCUUCCCCCUGCCCUCUGCGCCCACAGCUCUACCGGGCCCUCACCCGGGUCUCCUGCUCGGGACGCCGGCCCCGCCGCAGCCCGCCCUGGGAGCUAUUCCCGCCGCGGCCCCCGGCAGCAGCCCUUGCGCGCUGCUGCACCCGCAUCCUCUUCGCUAUCUGCUGCUGUCGGCCCCGGCCUACGUGGAGGGUCCGAGGAAGGCGGAAGGCCCAGACUUGGAGGCCCCCGGCGCCCUGCGGCUGGUGCAGCCGUGGCAAGGUUCCAGGUUUUGGGAGGAGGGCAAAAGCUUGGUAUCGCGGCGGCCCGGAGGCGGGUGCACCUCCUUCAGCAUCGAGAGCAUCAUGCAAGGGGUCAGGGGAGCAGGUGCAGCGGCCGCGUCCAGUCAGCCAGCGACCCCGUGGAGUUACUGCCACCUGCUGCAGCGCCCGUCGUGCCUGUUGCACGCCCAGACCGUUGCUCCCGAGUUGCGCGCUUCAGCAGCCGCCGCGAGCGGGCGGACGAUUUCGCAGGUGCAGCGGCAAGAAGAGCAGGAGAAAGACAAUUGCACCGACGCUGGCGUCCCCAGCAACAGCGUUCUGCUGGGUCGGCACCUGGCGGCAGCCGCAGCGAUGCUGGCGUUUCCGCGCGCGGAAGACGGCUCCAGACUCCUGUGGCUGGCCGCCCCUUCCAGUGGAGAGAGGACCUCACCUGCUCUUUGA